GUGGCGCCCUCUUUUUCAAAUUCAUCAUUAUCAGUGUUGCCAUGUUUUAAGACUUGUGAAAUUUAUUAUUAAAAAAUUGCCAUCUUUGAGUGUUCAUUUAUGUAAAAAAAAAACCUUUGGCAUAAUUGGAAAUACACAUUUCGGGUCUGGUGAAUUUAAUUAAUUUGCGCUGUCAACCCUGCAUUGUGCGCAUGCGUGUCAGCAUUUUGGUUUCUGUCAAGUAAUAUGGCAGCCCUAAAAACCGAAAUAAAUCCUCAAGACAACGAGGAUGAAAACGAAAAUGAGAACGAAGUGGAAGAAGUAAGUGCAGAGGGUGUUCCCGGUGACGCGACCAAGAAGAAGAAAAAGAAGAAGAAGAAGAAAAAAACCGCGAAUGAAAAUAACGAAGAACGUGUCGUUGAAGAUGGAAAGAUCGAAGAGACUAAUGAUGCGGCUCAGGAAGGUGAAGGAGAGAAGAAGAAGAAGAAACGCAAUCGGAAGAAAGGUGGUAAACUCACUCAAACCGAUCCACCCACCGUCCCCAUCGUAGAUUUAUUCCCAGACCAAGUGUUUCCCAUUGGAGAAAUCCAAGAGUACCCCACCAAGCAAGAUGAUCGUACUGCCAAAGAUCGUUUCACAUCGGAAGAAAAACGCACUUUAGACCGCAUGCACAAUGACAUCUAUAAUGAAGUGCGUCUGGCAGCAGAAGCACACCGUCAAACCCGUCAAUACAUCCAGAAAUGGAUUAAACCUGGCAUGACAAUGAUCCAGAUCUGCGAAGAAUUGGAAAAUACAGCUCGAAAAUUAAUCGCUGAAAAUGGUUUGAAGGCCGGUUUGGCUUUUCCCACAGGAUGCUCCCGAAAUCAUUGCGCUGCACAUUACACACCGAAUGCAGGUGAUCCGACCGUUUUGGAAUAUGACGAUGUUGUUAAAAUUGAUUUUGGUACUCAUAUUAACGGAAGGAUUAUUGAUUGUGCUUUCACACAUACGUUUAAUCCAAAAUAUGAUAAGUUGGUGGAAGCGGUGAGAGAUGCUACCAAUACUGGGAUCAAAGCCGCAGGGAUUGAUGUACAGUUGUGCGAAAUUGGAGCUGCAAUUCAAGAAGUUAUGGAGUCUUAUGAGUUGGAAUUGGACGGAAAAACUUAUCCGAUUAAGUCAAUUAGGAAUCUUAACGGACAUUCUAUUUCGCCGUAUAGGAUUCAUGCGGGGAAAACAGUACCGAUUGUUAAAGGAGGGGAAGCUACUGUUAUGGAAGAAAAUGAGUUUUAUGCUAUUGAGACUUUCGGAUCGACUGGAAGAGGGGUCGUUCAUGAUGAUAUGGAUUGCUCGCACUAUAUGAAGAAUUUUGAAACUUCCUAUGUUCCGUUACGGCUCCAAUCAUCCAAAACCCUUCUAAACAUUAUUAACAAGAAUUUCGGAACAUUGGCGUUCUGUAAGCGAUGGUUGGACCGCGCAGGCGCGACCAAAUACCAGAUGGCAUUGAAGGAUUUAUGUGACAAAGGAGUCGUCGACGCUUAUCCCCCUCUAUGCGAUAUCAAGGGUUGUUACACCGCGCAAUUCGAACAUACCAUCAUGCUUCGUCCUACUUGCAAAGAAGUGGUAUCUCGCGGUGACGACUACUAAUGUUUGUUUCCUCUCAAUAUUUUUUUUUGUAAAUGUUUGUCAUUUUGUUUACAAUGCAUUGUAAAUAAAUAAAACGUUUUUUUUUUCUCAA